AGCAUCUCUGCGGCCGUGCGCCAGCGCUUCGAGCCGCAAAACGCUUGCAAAGCGGCUGGGCUCGAAGCAACCAUUUGCAGGGCUGCACGCUGCUCCAGCGCUGCGAGCCAGCACACGCUUGCAAGUGCUGGGCUCAAAAGCACCCAUUUGCAGAGCUGGACGACGCCACUUUACGCCAUCGACGCGACAGCAACAUACUACAAUGCCGCGCCGCGUCUUCGUGACCGUCGGCACGACGUCCUUCGACGCACUGAUCGCAGCAACAACAACACCAGAAUUCGCAAACGCGUUAGAAAAGCUGGCCUUCGACGAGCUGCGGCUCCAGGUCGGCCGCGGCGCCGCGCCGACCGACACCGACCGCGUCUCCUGGUUCCGCUUCGCGCCGACGAUAACGGAAGAGAUGCGCGCGGCGGACGUCGUUAUAAGUCAUGCGGGCGCCGGCUCCAUCCUCGAGGCGCUGGAGCUCGGCAAGCGACUCGUCGUGUGCGUGAACGAGAAGCUCAUGGACAACCACCAGGCCGAAUUAGCAACAGCGCUCGAAGCGCGGGGCCACGUCGUCGUCUCAACCGUCGACGACGUGGCCGAUGCGUUACAAAGGGUCGUGGCGACGCGGCCGGCGCCAUAUGAGCGGGGCGACGCGGCACCGUUCCGAGCUCUUGUGGAAGACGAGAUGCGCACUAGGAGACAAUGUUUAAUAUGUUAA